GUUUAAAUUUUCGCGCGUUUUCUACGUCUGUGUUGUGUGUGUUUUGAAGAAUAUUAAUGUUCUGAGAUUGGAAUGUGUUGAUAAUAUUGCGUACUACAAUUCCUUAGACUCUUGUUCACUGUGUUAUUAAUAUGAAUGAAAACGGGCAAAAUACUCGUGUUCCAGAUGAAGAACAAUUUAAAAUUCUUAUUGCUUCCGAUAUUCAUCUAGGUUAUGCAGAGAGAGAACCUGGCAGAGAGAAUGAUAGUUUCAAUACAUUUGAAGAAAUUCUACAGAUUGCUGUUUCAAAUGAUGUUGAUUUCAUUUUGCUGGGAGGAGAUUUGUUCCAUGAUCACAAACCCUCUCAAGGUUGUUUGUAUCGCUGCAUGACUCUCAUACGGCAGUACUGCAUGGGUGACAGGCCCGUCUCUGUGGAGUUUGUCAGCGACCAGUCCAUCAACUUCCAGCACAUGAACAACCCGGUCGUCAACUACGAAGAUCCCAACCUCAACAUUUCUAUUCCAAUUUUUUCCAUCAACGGAAACCACGAUGACUGCAGCGCCGUGGGCGUGUCGGCGAUGGAUGUGCUCGGCACCACGGGGCUGGUCAACUACUUCGCCAAGUGGACGGACUUCAAGAAGGUCGACAUCAUGCCUCUGCUGCUCCGCAAGGGGGGCAGCAACCUCGCCAUCUACGGCCUCUCCUACAUGAACGACGAGCGGCUCUCCCGGCUCUUCCGGGACGGGAAGGUGCGGUGCUUCCAGCAGCGAGACGGCGAGGACCAGUGGUUCAACCUGAUGGUGCUGCACCAGAACCGGGCGGACCACGGCAAGUACACGUUCAUCCCGGAGGAGGCGCUGCCCCAGUUCAUGGACCUGGUGGUGUGGGGCCACGAGCACGAGUGCCGCAUUGCCCCGGAGAAGAGCCCCAUGAAGGACUUCUACGUCGCGCAGCCAGGUAGUUCUGUAGCAACGUCUCUGUGUGCCGGCGAAGCAGUGGAGAAGAAUGUCGGUAUACUCAGAGUGUACAAGAAGCGUUUCAUACUGGAGCCCGUCAAACUGAAAACUGUCCGUCCAUUCGUUAUGGACACCAUUACAUUGUCCAAGUGUAACAUAGAACGUACCGUGGAAAACCCUUCGAAAAAGGUAGAGGAAUAUGUAGCAGCUCAAGUUGAGAGGAUGAUAGAGAAAUCUAAAGAACAACUGACAGGCCACAAGAAGCAGCCGACUGUGCCGCUGAUACGACUGCGGGUGGAGUACAAGGAGGAGUGGCAGAUCUUCAACACGCUCGUGUUCGGGCUGCAGUUCGCCGGCAGGGUGGCCAACCUGAAGGACAUAGUGCUGCUGCGGCUGGAGCGGGCCGGCGGCGACCGGAAGAAGGCCGGCGACAUCAACAUCGACACGAGCGUGGUGGAGUUCAUCCUGCAGCAGGAAGAGCUCCAAACUUCAGAGGGCUUUCAAGUUGAGAAGGUGAUAGAAAAGUAUUAUGAAACUGAUGAGUGCAGAAAACUUAAAGUUUUCACUGUGAAUGGAUUUGGUACUGCCGUCAAAUCAUUGAUGGAUUAUGGUGAUGACGGAGCCAUUGAAGCUAUAGCUGAGCGGCAAACCAAAAGCUUAUUGCAGUAUCUGAAGACUGUGAAAGCUACAGCGGACACUGCAGAGGAAGAAAUUGAAAACUUCCAUCAAAGGCAGUUGAUGCAGGCUGAAGAAGAGGAGAAAAAGGACAAGGCGUUCUUGAAGCAGCGAGCCGACCAGUUCAUGAAGGACCCCAAGAACAGAGCCACGCUGGAUGACGAGGACGUGAUGGAAGACGGAGACAGCGACGUGGAGGAGAUCGGCUCUCUGGACGACGAGGACGAUCUGAGCACGAGCUCGAGCUCGAGCGUGGCGUCGGGCCGACGCGGCCGCGGGGGGGCGCGCGCUCGCCCCCGGGGGCCCAGGGCCGGGAGGCAGCAGCCCCCCUCGUCGUGCCAGCGGAGUCCGUCCGCCCGGCCGGCGAGGGGCAGGGGCAGCAGGGGUCCCCGUGGCGGCGCCAGGGCCUCCAACAGGAGCUAUGGUUGCCUCAGCAUGAAAGACUAUUUGUGAGAAGUCGACUGAAAUGUACAAACAUCACAUCAUGCAUGAAAAGUGUGCCUCAGGGUAGCAGUGAAGAUGUUACUGAUGAACCUAUUUCUUUUAUAUUCUUUACUAAAGCUAUGAUACAAGUUUUUAUAAAAAAAAAUUCCAUUAUUUUAGUUAAAAAUUGAUGUUCCGUGGUUUUUUUUAAUAUAAGUAUUGGUAUCAAACUUUUUUUGUAAGCAGAAUUUGGUAAAGUUUAAAAUUAAUACCAGUAACAUUUAGACCUUAUUUUGGGUCUAAAAUAUUUUUUCAUUAGUGUAGAAAUAACAUACAUGUAUUUAUGUUAUAAUUAAUCAAUAGUAAUGUAGAAUGCUAUUUUUUUUAAUCAUAUUUUUAAUAUUUUUGCUGUGUUUUGUUUGUUGUGUUUGUGGUCAAAGUCAUAAUUCUAUGCAGAGUAAGUAGUCUCAAAGUGAGCCUUUACAAAUAAUACGGGUGUACCAAGACUUUUUUUUUUUUAAUCAAUGUCGGAGACAUCUUUGUUGAAGAUGAAGUUGAAGUUGAGAUUCUUUAAAUUUUUUGCUACAUUAGGAAAAUUCUACACAUAUGUAUACAACCACGCAUACAACCAUACAUAUAUAAAACCACACACUGAAUAAGAACACUGUAGGCAACUGUAAGCAUGUUAACCAACUGCCUUUGCUUCUAAACAAAAUAGCACAAAUUUUUAAAACAUUAAAAUUAUGUAUGUAAUAGCAAGAUUAACAUUGCCUGUGAAAAUCACUACGGAAAUUGAGAGUGACGGUGCAUCCGGUCUGUUUCUGUGCAUAGUCUGCCAGAAGAACGCAUCGUAGCAUGUUAGGGUUAUUGAGUCCUUAAUACUGAAUAUUUAUGGCCAGAUAUUUUCCACUAGAUCUAUAAAAGUUUCUCUUGCCAUGUUUUGAACAAAACUAAUGAGUCUGCAUGCCAUGUUUAUGCUCCGUCAAAUGUUUGUAUGAACAUAAAGAAUCCUUUUUUCUAUGAGUUUGUUAAAAGAGAAAUUAAAAACCCAUGCAGUUAAACACUAUAACUAUGUGAUUAACUACUUGAAUUUUUCUCUCAUUUUCUUUGUUUUCAUCACCUACAGGAAAUACUGUAUAUUAGUUUUACAGAAAUGAUUGAUAAAAAUAAGUCUCAUAGAACCUUGUAUUUCCCAAAAAAAUCAGUAUAGAGGAGGCCUAAAAACUGUAAACUUUUACACAUGCAUUGUGUUGUGUUUCAAAGACACUUGAUAAAUUUCAUCAGUGGGCUGACAGUUACAAUUUAUUUUUAACAGCUGAACAGGUUCCCUACCCAGUAAAACAUAAGUCAGCCAAUAACGAGGAUGUUAUUUACAUCCUCUAACAACAGUGUUAAAUGGCCCUUUUGCUGUAUUCUGCUCUGAAAAAAUUGUUUGGAACCUUCAAAGUUUUUUAACAUUCUCAGAGUCAAACAAAAUUAGUCUUCAUUUUGAUUUUUCAAAUCUUGGCACACCCCGAAAAAUAUACCUAUGUACAGGUGGAGUGCUUUGGAUUGUGUCUGAUUUGUUUUAUACUACGGUGAGGUCUUGUAAAGUUUGUAAGCAAACUUCUACUCCUCCAAUUAAUUAAUUUGCUAAUUUAUAAGGCUACAGUGUUUUAACAAAAAACUCUACUUAAAAAAAAUUUUUUUAAUGCCUAAGAUAUAGAGCUGGGCCGAUCACCUAUUUUGCCGAUCAUGCAGAUGCCGAUCAUCUGCUGCCGAUCUUGCCGAUCUUCUGAGCCGAUUAGAGCCUUUCAAGUACCUCUGAUUACACGUUGCUUUUGACUGAUCACUAUAAACGGUGAAAUAUUCCCAGACAAAACUACUUUUCAUUGACAUGAUUACUUAAAAAUCACGACAUCAUAAAUUUCACGGACUAGCAAUUAUACAGGUAAGCCCGGAAGGUCUUGUCAAGCUUCUCAGACACCAGCGUGCAGCUGGGUUAAGGCCAAGGUCAUGUGACGUAACAUCUCCCGAGGCUUACUGCGCCUUCGCAGCAGAUGGAUAAAAAUAGUAAACUCCCCAUUAUUCGUGUUCAUUGGGACCCGCCGAUGCCCGGAUAAUUGAAAUUCUGUAAAAAAAAAAAAAAAAUAAAUAAACCCGGAUAAUCGGUUAACGGUAAGGGCCGCCUUCGAAUUGUUGUCUCGGCUUAAAAAAAUACGGCACUGCCUAGCCAUUAGUUCACGGUCAUUUACAACAGCCGAAGAGAGAAAGAUAAGAUCGUGCUGACCUUGUACACAUAAAUUUUGGGUAGCUCCCCACCCCCCUCCUCCCCUUCGAUCAACCGAAUCAUAGAGUAAGUAAAGGGAGAGGCGCCACUCCCAUAGUAAUGAUCGUUUGCUUAAAUUUGUAAACAAAACCCUUGCGAUCAUACCAUUUCUUUGCAACUUGACAACGAAAACAUUACAGCCAGAUAAAACCUGAGAAAAGUUUAGCAUGUGAUAGUUGGCACCUUUGUUGUCGUUAUAUUUUAUAUUUUUUCGAUAAAAGCUACUGAUAUUGUAAAAUUGCUUUAUGUUAGUCCUUAUAAUGGGACGUUAAACUUUUUCCGCAAUAGAAAAAAAAAGUUUUGAACUAUGGUAGAUUCGAACUCUCAAUCGUCAGUUUCGAGCUAUGACGCCUUUACCCACAAGACCACCAAUCUAUCUUGAAAUAGGUUCAACAAGUGUAUGUACUUAUGUUUUAUUUUUCUGCACUAGUAAAGUCCAAAUUAAUUAUACAGCCAGAUUGAAACUGAUGAUCGUUUAGUAAUUAAUUUUAUUUCUGUUUAUUAUAUUUAUUUUCCAUUCCAUUUUUAAUUUUUUUUUUAAUUUUCAACUUCAAAAACUACAGUAGCAGCCCUAGCAGGUAAUAUGGAGAACGACAGGCCAACGUGCUCUAAUUUUCAUUUUCGGCAAUAUGUCACGCAUCAUCUAUUUUUCAGUUACAUUUAAAAAAUAUAUACUUUUACUUUCCAAUUCCAUUAUUACCACGAGACAAUACAAAGAUGGCCGUAUGUAAUUAUAAUAACUGGAUAUGUAAUAAACUAAAGAGAUCAAAACUUGUAAUUUUUUUUUUUCGAUGUUGGUGAAACAUGGUAUGAUCUCAUUUUUAAGGAUUCAGUUUGUCCUAUCUACUGUCACCCCCCUGAACCGAAUGCCAGACAGACACGUCACUCGCCAGGCGCCUGCCGUGCGUUGGCGGGCGGAAAGUAACUCUGCAGCACGUGAAACAACAUUCAAACAAACGGAAAACGGGAAGCAGAAGUCAGGACAUCCCCCUCACGUUUAAAGAGUGACAAAUGUGACAGCUGAAAGGGGGGCGACACAAAGGGUCGGUACAAACAGCGUUGCAGUGUUUGCCGGCCGCCGGCCCGCGUGACGUUAAUUUUAAGCGCUGACAAUUUUGCUUCUCUUUUUUUUCUGCACUUUUAAAUCGUCCCGGAUUAUCCGAUUCCCGUAUUAUCCGAUUCCCGUAUUAGCGCGUCACGGAUUAACGAUGUUCUACUGUGGGAAACAAAACUUUUCAUCAACCAGGUUUUUAUACAAAAGAAAGUUAAGCUCUAUUUCCCGCUAAACAGGAUAAGAAUAUUAAUUUCUCUAAACAAAACUUUCAAUAGGCCAUAUUUAGCGAGAAAAAACUAAAUAGAUGAAUUCCCGAAGAGUAGUUGUUUACUAACCACGAGACUACUAGCGCCAUUAAUCCGCACUAAUUCCGUCGCGCGACGCGCGUCACUCUAAUCUCUGGCGUCACAUAACCAACCUAAACAACAGUCGCCAUUCGCCAUUCCGGUAAUAUUAACCGUAAAUGGUAAACAAAUACAUAGUUUUCGGUUCGUAAAUGAUAAAUAACUUUGCAAAUAGUAUAAUGGAAAAUUAUUUUACCGAAAGUACCGUAAAUAUACGUGGAAAUUGAUACUUAGGUAUGUAACUGUUCAAUGUUUAUAAAACUUACGGUAUUUGUUUACUUUAUUGGUAUAUUUUUCUUCGUGUGUGGUUAGUUUUAAAUUAUUAAAUCCUAUUAUUUUUCAAUGAAUAAUCAAAUUUUCUUCCAGAAAAGUACCGUAAACAAACAUGGAAAUUUGUUAGGUAUAGGUAAUUAUUCAAUGUUAUAAGUUUGCAGUAGGAGACCAAUGAUCGGCUCAAAUAAUCGGCUACGUUUUGCCGAUCAUUAUGAUCGGCAAAAUUAACAAAAUCGGCCGAUUACUACGAUCGGGGAUCGGCAUCGGCCCAGCUCUACUAAGAUAAUAACUUCCAUCUCAUGUGUACCAAAUUUAACAAAAAAAAAAAGUGAGUGAAUCUUUCAGUACUCUCCAGUGAUGUGUUAACAAUUAACAUCUAACCUCGGUAACAAGCAAACUCAUGUGUUCCCAUGUUGUUCAUAAACCAAAUAAACUUAUAAUACUAAUACUUUCGAAAACUAUAUUUAACGUAGAAUUCUUGAAAAUAAUGCUGAACAUGAUAAAUAAGUAACUUUUCUAAUACCUAAAUUUUUGGAUGCGAAUCUCACACAUACCUUCUGUGCCCACCACUAGAAUUCGCUGCCUGAGUUGUAAACUUUGCUUUCCACCAUCAAACACAAAUAGCAAUUAGCAGCACAAAACACCCGGAAGUUUUAAACUAGUAUUAAAUACAGCUCUGACCUGAUUUAGACAAGGAAUUUUAUUUCAAUACUGCCCAUCUUGUUAAAAUUCACUAAAAUUCUACAAAGUUUUUCGUUCAUGUUAAGAAAUUAUAAUUCUAUGACAUUACUAAAAUACUAGUCAACCUGAAACAUUUUAAAACUCACAUUUUAACACUAAGUAUAUGUUUGUAUAUGUAUUUGUUUAUUAUUUUUAACCCCCAGCACAAACAGAGGAGUGUUAUAAGUUUAAAAUGUGUAUCUGUCUGUGGCAUCAUAGCUCCCAAACAAAGAAACUUUUUUUAUUAUUAUUUUUUUAAGGUGAAUUAGUUGGGAGAGUUCUUGGCUAUGAUCCAAUAAAAUCUGUUCAGGCAUUUAAGAUCAUCAACUAUAAAACAUUCUAUAUAACAACAUCAACAACUAUAAAACAACUAUCUCACAUCCCUUCAUCAACUCUUUUAUAGUUGAUGAAGGGAUGUGAGAGCAACUUCCACAGGUCUGAUCAAUUCUUAAUUUGGUAUCCAUUUACUUCAAUGAACCUUGAACUGAUGUGGAAUGGAUGUUGUAGUACGGUACAGACUACAAAAACAAAACAAUGGUAAAAUACGAUGAUAGUUUUUAAUGCAUUUUAAUUUAUAAUUUAUAAUAGUAGCUUCAAGUGAGAAUUGUAAAGUUUGAAGUAUUUUCAAUUUUUAAUUUAAGUUUUUGCUUAAAUAUCUGAAUUCAGUCUGUAAAUACUUCCUACAAACAAACCUUAACCUUAUUGAGCUGAUUCAACAUUAUUAUAAUAUAAUAUUAUAGUGUUAUAAAAAAAAGUUUUAAAAAAUUCCAGGGAAGAGAUUUAUUUGUACCUCGCCUCUUGAGGUUUCCAAGUGUGGGCUCUACCGCUGUGCUAGUAAAUCUCGUGGCACCUUGCAAGGGUAUAUCUUUGUAAUGACAGUUUCCUUACGAAUUUGAAAACUUUACUAUGACUAUUUUAGCUAACCAAUAAUAUUCUAGGAUAGAUUCACUAUCAUAAAGUUCCAUUUUGCACAAUAAUACAUUUGGUAUGUACCCUAAUGUUUGCAAAAGUGACAUUAAAGGUUUAAAACAAGUGGGUCAGACAUCUUUGCGACACAUUUCCGUUCGUCGAAUUCCGUUUCCAUUCACGAAAUUGCUCCUACCAAAUGCUGUUUGCUUAGAGCCCAGAUGUUUACACAUUAAAAAAAAAUAAUAUAUUUUUUUUAGUUUUGCAAUGUAGUUCCUCUAGAUGAGUCCAAGUUUUGCACUCUAUUAGUGAUUCAUCAUGUCUUUUUGUUACUGUAAUGUUUUAAUGCCACUGUUGUGUGUUUUUCUUCAUAAAGUGUUGAAUUUGUGAUUAGUAUAAGAUAAAAAUAUUUUCAAUAAUGUA